AUUUUGCUUCUCAUGAAUCGAAGCAUAUAAAACUGAAGCCAAAAGCCUGUCAGUAUCAGUAUCAGUAGAAGAGGAGAUCAUGAACUUGAAUGUAAACUCAGUAGAUUCACUGGUGGCUGAAAUUCAAGGGUUAUCAGGAAGUACUCAAGAUGUAAAUCACUUGAACAAUCUUUUGAAACAAUCGGAGGACGUAAUCCGGUCUCAGGCUGCAACUUUUGCGUCAUGUCUCACUCGACUUGACGCUUCCCUUCAUUCACUUGGUUACCUCUACGUUCUGGAAGCAUGUACAGCAGGUCCAAUUCCAGAAGCACAGGCAAAUGAACUAGUUCUAUCUGUUGUCAGAUUUAUAGAUAUGUGCAGUGUAGAGCAGAUCCGUUUGGUGCCCGACAAAUUUAUAUCCGUUUGUAAAAGAUUGCAUGAGCAAGUAAUGGUUCUUGGUGCCCCUAUGAGAGCUGUGGCACCUCUGCUGACUGCUAUUCGCAAGAUUCAACUGUCCUCUGAGCAUUUAACUCCUUUACAUCCAGACUUUCUCCAAGUCUGUUUGUCCGCGAAGUGUUAUAAAAUUGGUUAUAGCAUUUUGGAGGAUGAUAUACUUGAAGUUGAUCAACCAAGGGACUUUUUUCUAUACUGCUAUUACGGGGGGAUGAUUUGCAUAGGACAAAAACGUUUAGCCAAAGCAUUGGAGCUCUUCCACAAUGUGGUAACUGCUCCUAUGUCUUCCAUGAAUGCUAUAGCUGUUGAAGCGUACAAGAAAUACAUACUGGUUUCACUCAUUCACCUCCGCCAGUUUUCUGCCAGUUUUCCCAAGUAUACUUCUUCAGUCGCUCAAAGGAAUCUAAAGAAUUUCUCUCAGCCGUACAUUGAGUUGGCAAAUAGUUACAGCACCGGAAAUAUUUCAGAACUUGAGGCAUUUGUCCAAGCGAACCAGGAGAAGUUUGAGAAUGGGAACAAUCUUGGAUUGGUAAAGCAGGUUGUGUCAUCUAUGUACAAGCGGAACAUUCAGAGGUUGACCCAGACAUAUUUGACUUUAUCCCUCCAAGACAUAGCAAACACCGCACAGAUAAAUACCCCUAAGGAGGCUGAAAUGCAUGUGCUUGAAAUGAUUGAGGAUGGCGAGAUCUUUGCAACUAUCAACCAGAAGGAUGGAAUGGUUAGGUUCCUUGAGGAUCCUGAGCAAUAUAAAACAUGUGAGAUGAUUGAGCAUAUUGAUUCAUCGAUCCAAAGAAUCAUGAAACUGUCAAAGAAGCUGACAACAAUGGACGAAUCUAUGUCAUGUGACCCCCUUUAUCUGUCCAAGGUUGGGAGAGAGCGGCAACGAUUUGACUUUGAUGAUUUUGAUAGUGUUCCUCAGAAAUUCAACUUAUGAAUGCAAUUCGUAAGAGCGGACACUUGCCAUGAUUUCGGUUUAUAUCAGAUUUUGUUUGUCACCUCUUCGAGUCCAUGAAUUAAAAUACAUGCGAAUCAUAGUAGUAAAUGUAGUUUUUUUCACCAGUUUAUUUUCUGUUGCUUGUCCCUUUUAGUGGGAAUUUCGUUGAUGAAUUAAUUUUUUUUGGGGGUCAUUAUAUUUGUCAUGUGCAACAACUUUACUAUGUUUUCACACCAAGAUUUUCUAGUUCAGUUUAGUUGUCUC